AUGAACGCGCCCAACGCCGAAUUCGCCUCUCACUUUGCGGGCGUCGCGCCGUUCGGCGGUCGGGCGUGGGCGGUGCCGCGUCCCACGUUCACGGGUAAAAUGAACAAGAAGAAACACGGCAUCAAGUCGCCACGCGGGAUCCGCGCCAAUGUCGAUCGGCCCGAAUUCACCACCUUCAUCGUCGGACAGGACUGCGCCAUCCGGCAGGUCGACAUCUCGCUUCUGUUCGCCGGCAUUUACGCCAAGCAGGACCCAACGUCGUUCCUCGCCAUCUUCGAUCAGGCGGGCAAGCGCAUCGGCGGAUUCACGCUCGGCGGGAUCAAGGACGAGGAGUGGGCGACCGUCAAGAAAGCACAGAAGAAACGCGACACCGCACACAGGCGGGAUCGCAAGUAUCGCAUCGCACUAAUCGUCGUGCUGGUGGUGGCGGCCAUUCUGUUGGCCGCGGGUGUCAUAGCGGCGGUGACAACGACGAGUCUCUUCUGA